UGAAGAUGAGCCCCGAGUAGGAAUUCCGCGUUGGAUGACCGUUCAAAUCGAUUUUUCCAUGUCAGACACUCGAUUUUUUUCUCAGUUCCCAGUUGUUUGAACGGACUGAUGUCGAGAUGUCCAAAUUCCCCGUUUCGAGUUCCUAGUGUAUUUCAUCGCAGCUGUCGGGAAUGUCAGAUGUUGUCAUAGCUAGUUUGAAUGUUGAUUCAUAAUUCCACAUAAGAUUGAAAGGUUAAAUUAUAAAAGAUGCCGAGGGUCCCAGCAGUCCUUGAAUAUGAAACACUGACCGAGUGUAAAUACAGCUUCCCUGUUGAGGUUGUCAGUGAUAUCAAGAAUGUUACAGCGACUUAUGGAGACCUGCGUAUGUAUGUGGACUUCUACUGUUUCCCCAAUAAGGAAAAGAAGAAGUUAGUUUAUUUGGCUGGUACUAUUCCAGUUCCACAUGACGGUAACACAUAUAAUAUCCCAGUGUGCAUCUGGCUCCAUGAGACUCACCCCCAGAGCACGGCCGCGGUGCUAUGUGUGUCCCUCCAUCUCCAUGUUGAUCAACCCCAGGUGCCCAUAUGUUGAGGCCAGUGGGCAGGUGCUCCUCGACUGCCUCAAUAACUGGAAGAGCGGGCUGGCCAACCUGUCAUUGCUCGUCUCAGAAAUGAGGUCUGCAUUUCAAAAGGAAACGCCCCUCUUUGCCAUGCACCCAGUCAGAGUUCAGAUGCUACCUACUGCAGCACACUCCAGUGCAUAUGCAGAGUCUUCGGACCCUGGCAGCUGGCCUCAACCAAGCAGCUCUACCCCGAGAGCCAGGCGCUCCUCAAUGUCCCCGACGCCACUACCUAGAGCAAUAGUUCCGCCCAAGAGUUUAAAGUCCAGCCAAUCGGGGCCUCUCAGAGAGUCUGCGACUGGUGUGAGGCGGUCCUACACAGAGGAGUUACUGGAUAUGGGGAUAAACUUUGGAGUGCCAGGUGGAGUCCAGUUUCCAUUCUCCUCCACCAACCCCUUCAUCACUACUGCCUCUGCGCCAAAUAACACUCCUGUUAGUUCUGAGGACAUGAACAACCUAUUCAAGAGCCUACAGCUGGAAAAUGUUGUCAAUGUGUACCAGCUUGGUACUAAAGAAAGAGGCAAUGGAGGUGAUCGAGGUGGUGGUGACUACCCCUCAAUCCCCACUGCAGUCACGCCCCUAGUGGACAACCAGCAUCGUAUCCUGGUGAGCCAGCUGCCACCGGACCAGUCCCCCAGCCGUGUGAAGAACAAGCUCACCCUCUACUUCCAGCGCAGGAGCAACGGUGGGGGAGAGGUGCUGGAUGUGACCUACCCUUACCCCCCAACCCAGCACGACCAGGCCCUGGUCAGCUUCCGCAGUCCCAGAGAUGCAGAGCAGGUGCUCUUACAGGCAGACCGAAUCUUUACUGUGAAUGAGCGGCCUUUCCGUAUACAGCUCAAGAGGAUCAACAGUGUUCAGAUUACGGUGCCGCCCGGCGUCUCCGGCGACAAGGCGGCCAUCUUCCAUAGCCUGCUGUCACUUGAGGGGCGGAGCUUCAGCCAGGCCGACGUGGAGGAGGCGGUACAGUCGUGCCGGGACCUUCCCUCGGCCCUCAAGUACCUGUCCCAUGAAUGCCCCAUCUGCCGCGAGCAGGUGUCCUUCAGCAAGAUCAUUACUAUGACCCAUUGCCUGUGUGCCUUCUGCGAGAGCUGCUUCAAGGCCUACUUCUCCCAGGCCAUCAAGGAGAAGAGCAUCGUCCAUGUGGUGUGUCCCAUGUGUGGCCAGCCCGACGUGCGUCAGAGCGAGGGAGGCGUGGAGGAGGCCUUGGACUACUUCAGCCUUCUGGACACACAGAUCAGGCACUACCUAGAUCCUCAGAUCCACGAGUUGUUCCAGAGGAAGCUGAGAGACCGAGCCUUGCAGGAGAUGCCUAACUUCCGCUGGUGUGCCCACUGCUCCUUUGGCCUUCUACACGAGGCUGACCAGCUGAGAAUGGACUGUCCUAGUUGUAGGAAGAGCACCUGCUCCCAAUGCAAGACUGCAUGGGCUCCACAACACCAGGGUCUUUCCUGUGAGAAGUUCAGAGAGUGGCAACUCCACAAUAACCCAGAGUACCAGACCGCAAAACUGGAGAAUCUCCUCAGCAGGAAUAAAAUAGAAUGUCCAAAAUGCAAGUUUGUGUUCUACCUUUCCAAGGGAGGCUGUCUCCAUUUCAAAUGCACCCAAUGCCAGCACGAGUUCUGUGGCGGCUGUAAUAGGCCCUUCAAAUUAGGCGUAGGGUGUGACUUCUCAGCUGAGUGUGGGUCCAAGGGGUUACACGCCCACCACCCCAGGGACUGCCUGUACCACCUGAGGGACUGGAACGUGCCCAGACUACACAGGCUGCUUCAGCUUUACGGAGUGUCCCUCGCUGGCAUGGUCAAAUCCAAAGUGGGCUCUACAGGAACAAACUCACAAGGUGUAUGUGCAGUGCUGGAGCACAGAGAGAUGGGUGGAGACGGGCCUUGUGGUCUACCAACUCUCCCAGAGUACAGUGGCUACUGCAUUUUACACUAUAAAGAGUGUCUAGUGGAGCUGAUUAACCGGAGUCAUGCGGAUCCAGCUGUUCUGUUCGAUGUGGCCGAGAUGUUGGCAGAGUUACAGCGGUGGCACAUUCCUGUUCCACAGAAGAACCUUCAGGAUCCUGAGGCACUCUAUGUACAGCACCUUAGACAGACCCUGACUAGGAAGGUUAGCCUGAGGGACAACAAGCUACCCCCUGUGAAGGUGAAAGAUGACCUUUGCCCCCUACCCUCAUCGAGCGCUGCGGGACCACGCUGGUCUUCUGCUCAGAGAAACACACCAACGCGCUUCCAUGACGACUCCCAAUUGCUGCUCUUGCUCAACGACUAAGGCCAUGUAAAAUACUUGGCCUCACCUGGGCUGGGUUCCUUAGGGCACAUGAUGGCAAAUGCUCUUACAUGUUUUGCUACGGAGAAAAAAAUGUGUUUCUUAAUGGAUAAGGCCAGGUUCCUUGCGUCAGUCCGUUUUCUUCCGUUUGGUGCCUAGUGAAUACCACCCAGGCUUGUGUUAAGUAGGGAGAAAACAUUUUUAAAUUAAGUGAAACUGGGGAAGGGACUACCCGGUCUUGUCCAAUGAGAGAAACACAUUUGUUUUCCGUUGCAAUUUUUUGUUCUUGCGUGUCCUAAUAAACAUGAUCCAGGGGUUUAUUUAACUUCAACCCUCUGUCAUAAUGGCUAUGUAACACUGGCCUAAUAAUGACAUAGAAAUAGCACCAUAAACCGUCCAUAGAAGGCAGGGACAAGGUAAAUUGGUCCUUUGAGGAGCUUUGUUGCACAUUGCUGCUCUAGAUCUAGCUAUGCUGUGGCCAGGAUUCAAUCAAAAGUGCAUUGAGAUCACGGUAAACGCAGUGGAUGUCAACUCGAGCGUAAAGUGCAGUGCACUUUUGAUUUGAAAUAACAACCGGAUCUGGUACAUUUAGAUUUAGUUUGUUUUCAUGUUAUUUUAAUUUGUUUGAUGUUUAUUCUUAAUAAACAUGUAGAUACAAAAAUAUAAACGCAACAUGCAACAAUAUCAAAGAUUCUAUUGAGUUACACUUAAUAUAAUGUAAUCAGUCAAUUUAAAUCAUUUUGUUAGUUCCUAAUCUAUGGAUUUCACAUGACUGGGAAUACAGAUAUGCAUCGGUUGGUCAUAGAUUCCGAAAAAAGUGUGGAUCAGGAAAAACAGCUAGUGGAUCAGAAAACCAUUCUGUAUCUGGUGUGAGUUGAUCAGGCUGUCUCGCUCCUCUUCAAUGGCUGUGCGAAGUUGCUGGAUAUUGGCGGGAACUGGAACACGCUGUUGUGUACAUGUCAAUCCAGAGCAUCCCAAACAUGCUCAGUGAGUAUGCAGGCCAUGGAAGAACUGUGCAUUAUCAUGCUGAAAUGUGAGGUAAUUGUGGUGCCAUUCUUCCGCCACCAUGAGCCUCAGGUUCUGAUCAGGUUAUAUCUGUGCGUUCAAAUUGCCAUUGAUUAAAAAGCAAUUGUGUUCAUUGUCCGCAGCAUAUGCCUGCCCAUACCAUAACCCCACCACCACCAUGGGGCACUCUGUUCACAAUGUUGACAGCAAACCUCUCAACCACAUGAAGAGCAGUGUGCCAGUGGCCAUCGACGGUGAGGAUUGCCCACUGAAGUCAGUUACGACGCCGAACUGCAGUCAGGUCAAAAUGACAAGCACACAGAUGAGCUUCCCUGAGAUGGUUUCUGAUAGUUUGUGCAGAAAUCCUUUGGUUGUGCAAACCCAAAGUUUUAUCAGCUGUCCGGGUGGCUCGUCUCAGAAAAUCCCGCAGGUGAGAAAGCCGGAUGUGGAGGUUCUGGACUGACGUGGUUACACAUGGUCUGUGUUUUUUAGGCCGGUUGGAUGUACUGCCAAAUUCUGUAAAAUAACGUUGGAGACCGCUUAUGCUUAUUUCUCUGGCCACAUCUCUGGUGGACAUUCCUGCAGUCAGUAUGUGAAUUGCAUGCUCCCUCAAUUUGAGACAUCUGUGACAAAACUGCACAUUUUAGUGGAUUUUUAUUGUCCCCAGUACAAGGUGCAGCUGUGUAAAUGAUCAUGUUGUUUAAUCAGCUUCUUGAUAUGCCACACCUCAGGUGGAUGGAUUAUCUUGACAAAUGAGAAAUCUCACUAACAGGGAUGUAAACAAAUUUGUGCACAAAAUUUGAGAGAAAUUAUCUUUUUGUACGAAUUGAACAUUUCUGGGAAAUUUUAUUUCAGCUCAUGAAACAUGAGACCAACACUUUACAUGUUGCGUUUUAUAUUUGUUAAAGUAUAUUUUUAAAAGCACUUAGUUCACAUAAAAUAAACGGUACAGUCCCUAUAGACAGUAUACAAUAGAUAAGUAAACUAAUCUAAAUUGCAGGCUGUAAGGCAACAAAAAGUGAAAAGUGUGUAAUUUGGGUGUGUACUCUCUGUACUGCAGUACAGUUUUAUUUUUGUUGUAGUCCUCUAGUUCUCACUUCUCAGGAUAUCUCAAACAAACUUCCAAAAUGUAUUCUUCUUGUAUGUUCUUGAGACAUACAUUUCUUCUGCUAUGACCAGCAUGUGAAUUAUUUAUACUUUAACACUGAAAUAUUGUUGAAUGAACGGAACUUGAUGUAACACUUAACUUUAAAGCCGACAGGUAUAAUUCAUUAAGAUGCGGGUGAAAUGGGUUGUAAACUUGUUAUUGAUUUUAUUCAGAGCUCCAUUAGCUUUUGCCAAGCAGCAGCUAUUCUAUCUGGGGUCAACAAACACUGAUACACUGAUGGACAAGGACAGUCAAACUAAUUUAAAAUACAAAAAUAAAUAAUAGUAGUACAAACAUUUGUGUGUCCCCUCAGUCUUAGCCCUUAACCGUUGCUUAAUAAUUUGAAGGUAAUUUUUGCUGUUUGAGUAAUUGGAGAUGGAAGAGAGUUCCGUGCGAUCAUGGCACUGUAUUAUACUGUUAUAUUAUACUAUACUAUGUAUUAUUACUGUGCGUUGCCGCGAGUUCGUUUUGGACUUGGGGACUGUGAAGAAACCACUGGUGGCAUGUGUUGUGGGGUAUGUAUGGGUCUAUGAGCUGAAUGUUAUUUGAUUGUGCAGAUCUGGAAUUUUCAUUACAGUAGUACUUCCCAUAACUAGAAGAGAAGCAGAUAAUCUCUUGUCUACCAGGAAAGACUGGCAUGCAUGAUGUUGAUAGUUUAGUUCUGUAUGUGCAGCUAAGGGAAAGGUGUGCUGCUCUGUUCUGAGCCAGCUGCAGCUUUGCUAGGUCUUUCUUUGCUGCACUUGAACAUGUUACCAGACAGUAAUCAAGAUUGGACAAGACCAGAGCCUGAACUAGUACAGUUGAUUUUUGUGUCAAAACACAGAAUCUUUUGAUAACAGACAUACCCCUCCCCAUCUUCACAGGAACUUUGUCAAUAUGACUUGACCAUGGUAAUUGACCAUCCAACGUUAUAUCUAGGAGUAAGUCGGAAGUUUACAUACACCUUAGCCAAAUACAUUUAAACUCAGUUUUUCACAAUUCCUGACAUUUAAUCCUAGUAAAAAUUCCCUGUUUUAGGUCAAUUAGGAUUACCACCUCAGUUUAAAAAUGUGAAAUGGCAGAAUAAUAGUAGAGUGAUUUAUUUCAGCUUUUAUUUCUUUCAUCACAUUCCAAGUGGGUCAGAAGUUUAUAUACACCUAAUUGGUAUUUGGUAGCAUUGCCUUUAAAUUGUUUAACUUGGGUCAAACUUUUCAGGUAGCCUUCCACAAGCUUCCCACAAUAAAUUGAAUGGAUUUUGGCCCAUUCCUCCUGACAGAGCUGGUGUAACUGAGUCAGGUUUGUAGGCCUCCUUGCUCGGACAUGCUUUUUUCUGUUCUGGCCACACAUUUCUAUAGGAUUGAGGGCAUGGUUUGUGGCCACUCCAAUACCUUGACUUUGUUGUCCUUAAGCCAUUUUGCCACAACUUUGUAAGUAUGCAUGGGGUCAUUGUCCAUUUGGAAGACCCAUUUGCAACCAAGCUUUAACUUUCAGACUGAUGUAUUGAAUUGUUGCUUCAAUAUAUCCACUUAAUUUUCCAACCUCAUGAUGCCAUCUAUUUUGUGAAGUGCUCCAGUCCCUCCUGCAGCAAAGCACCCCCACAACAUGAAGCACGGGGGUGGCAGCAUCAUGUUUGGGAUGGUGUUCUUUGCCUUGCAAGCCUCCCCCUUUUUCCUCGAAACAUAACGAUGGUCAUUAUGGCCAAACAGUUCUAUUUUUGUUUCAUCGGACCAGAGGACAUUCAAAAAGUACAAUCUUUGUCCCCAUGUGCAGUUGCAAACCGUAGUCUGGCUUUUUUAUGGCGGUUUUGGAGCAGUGGCUUCUUCCUUGCUGAGCGGCCUUUCAGGUUAUGUCGAUAUAGGAAUCGUUUUACUGUCGAUAUAUUUGUACCCUUUUCCUCCAGCAUCUUCACAAGGUCCUUUGCUGCUGUUCUGGGAUUGAUUUGCACUUUUCGCACCAAAGUUCGCAUCUCCUUCCUGAGCGGUCCCAUGGUGUUUGUACUUGCGUACUAUUGUACAGAUGAAUGUGGUACCUUCAGGCAUUUGGAAAUUGCUCCCAAUGAUGAGACUUGUGGAGGUCUACAAUUUUUUUUUCUGAGAUCUUGGUUGGUUUCUUUUGAUUUUCCCAUGAUGUCAAGCAAAGACGCACUGAGUUUGAAGGUAGGUCUUGAAAUACAUCCACAGGUACACCUCCAACUGAGUCAAAUGAUGACAAUCAGAAGCUUCUAAAGCCAUGACAUUUUCUGUAAACUUCUGACCCACUGGAAUUGUGAUACAGGGAAUUAUAAGUGAACUAAUCUGUAAACAAUUGUUGGAAAAAAUUAUCUGUGACAUUCACAAAGUAGAUGUCCUAACCGACUUGCCAAGACUAUAGUUUGUUAACAAGAAAUGUGGUUGAAAAACGAGUUUUAAUGACUACAACCUCGGUGUAUGUAAACUUCCGACUUCAACUGUAGCUUCCUCAACUUGCUCAAUGGUCACACCGUUUAUACUAAACUCCAGUUGGGGUUUAUGUCUUUGAGAAUGUUUUGAACCAAAUACAAUGCUUUUAGUUUUAGAUGUAUUUAAGACCAGUUUAUUAUUAAUCCUCCAUUCGGAUAUAUAUAUUUUUUAUUUAACUAGGCAAGUCAGUUAAGAACAAAUGCUUAUUUACAAUGACGGCCCACCGUGGCCAAACCCAGACGACGCUGGGACAAUUGUGCGCCGCCCUGUGCGACUCCCAAUCCUGGACAGAUGUGAUACAGCCUGGAUUCGAACCAGGGACUCUAGUGACGCCUCUUGCGCUGGGAUGCAGUACCUUUGACAGCUACGCCACAAUGGAGUUGUAACUCUUUAUUUAUUUCAGUGAGUUCACUGGUUUUGGGUUCUAUCGGAUAAAUAACUCUCCGAGCAUGUGAUAAAGCCAUAGCUAGCGUGUUUCCUAAUUAACAAUUUAUGAUCAGUAACAUCAAAGGCUGCACUGAAAUCUAAUAAUACAGCUCCAACUAUCUUAUUAUCCAUUUAUUUUUAACCAAUCAUCUGUCAUUUGAGUCCGUGCAGUACAAGUUGAGUGCCCUUCUCUCCAUCAGUUUACUAAGAACAGGUAGCAAACUGAUUUGGUGGCUGUUUGAGCAAGCAACGGGUGCUUUACUAUUUUUAGGCAGUGGAAUUACUUUAGCUUCCUUCCACGCAUGUGGACACACUCCUUUUAGGCUUUGGUUAAACAUAUAGCAAAUAGGGGUGUCAUUACAGUCUACCAUUCUCAAUAGUUUCCCAUCAAGGUUGUUUAUACCUGGCGGCUUUUCAUUAUUGAUGGAUAACAAUAGCUUUUCCAUUUCUCCCACACAAACUUGACCAAAUUCAAAACGGCAAACCUUCUCUUUCAUUAGAUUUAACCAAUUUAAAAAUAAAAAUAAAUUAAAAAAUGUAUUAUGGUUUACUGUUCAAUGUUGUCAUUUAAACUGUUGAUGUUUUCCACUUUACUAGUGAAAUAGUAAUUGAAAUGUUUGGCAAUAUCGAAAGGCUUUGUUAUAAACGACCCAUCAACUUCAAUGAUCGAUGGAUAUUAAUUGGGUUUCUUGCCCAUGAUGUCAUUUUAGGUCAUCCAAAAUCUUUCAAUUGUGUUUUGUAAUUUAUCUUGGUUUGGUAAUACACAACAUUUCAACCUAUCAGCUGAGCAUUCUGACUUGUUAGACAUCUUUUUUUGCAUAAUUUCUUUAAACCAUAACAUUUUUCAGUUCAUCAAUCCAGAGGGCCCUAACAGUUCUCACAGGCAAUUUCUUAAUAGGUGCAUGUUUGUCAGCAAUUGGCAUGAAUCAUUUUAUUUCCAGUGCUGCAUCUGGAUUCACUUCCUCAUACACAUCAGACCAACAUAAAUGUUUUAUAUCUUCAACAAAAGAGUCCUGAGAGAAUAUGAUCUCUUCAAUUUCUUUAUACUCCGCUUUUGGCACUUUGACGUUCCUUGUUAUUGCCACAAUGUUAUGGUCACUACAGCCAAUGGGAUCUGAUCAUGCUUUUGGAGCAACGCUCUGCAGCAUUAGUGAAGAUAUGAUCAAUACAGGUGGAUGUCACAUUUACAUUUACAUUUAAGUCAUUUAGCAGACGCUCUUAUCCAGAGCGACUUACAAAUUGGUGCAUUCACCUUAUGACAUCCAGUGGAACAGUAGUGCAUCUAAAUCUUUUAAGGGGGAGGGGGGGUGAGAGGGAUUACUUUAUCCUAUCCUAGGUAUUCCUUAAAGAGGUGGGGUUUCAGGUGUCACAGAUCCUACACUAUUGGUAUGCACUGUAGUUGGUUGAGUGAUAACCUGGGUCAUAUUACAGGCAUGAUUGACUCCAUUUAUAAUGUAUUUUCCCUAUCGCAAUUUAUGCUGUUGGCUUUGGUACAUCGUUAAAUUCAAGUAAAGUACAGAACUGUAUUAUGCAAGUAGAUAUAAAAAGCUACUCAAUACUCAACUUAUCCAGUAGGGUGCAAAGGUUAUUGUAUAUUGUUCUAUCCGGACCUUUCACACUCCUGAAUAAGCCAUUUUUUUCCAGCUGCAUUAAACCAUGAUUUUAUUUUUUUACUCAUAAGUUCACUAUGCUAUGCAAUAAAGCUAUUCACUACUUAUUGGUAUGGUAUGUAGUAAUGAGUAUCUGAUUCCCUAAGGUUUGCAAAUUUAAGUUACGCAAUUUGUUUCUACUGUAAUGGCACAAUGUAGGUUGAAGUUGCCCCUAGACGCUGAUCUUGGGUCAGUUUUGCAUUUCCCCCACCUAGGGUUAAGAUUAAUUGGGGAAGGGGAAUCUGAUAUUAGAUCUGUACCUAAGGGAAAUAUCACCCCGGAGCAUUUUUGUUGUGCGUGAAAAUGAUCAGGGAAGAGGACAGUGUGAUGUUGCAUCAAUUUAACAGCUUGUCCUGGUACCUUCUUGUUCAGGAAAAGUACUACUGACUUUAGUAAUAAACAUAUUUUUCUACUGAC